AAAAAGUAUUUUCUUUUUCCUAUUUUCUAUUUCAAUUUCAUUAUUUAAAAAAAAAAAAAUCUCAUUAUAUAUGUUCACAUACUAACCUUUCAAAAAUAUGUUCACAUACUAAAGAGAAAACACUCAGGCACCUGGUUGUCUUUAUAAUUAAGUGUUCCUUUUACAAAGAUUUAUAUAAUCUAUUAACACCUUUCUCCAUUCUAAAGUCAAAACAGCAACACCCAUCUCUCCAUUUUCACACCCACAAGCUCUUCAGGUGCAAUGUGUGCCUCUUUCUGAGCCUGCCACUAAACAGGGGAGCUUGUAAUUAGUAAACAAACAUGGCUGAGAAUAAAAAAAGUGGUGAAGUGUUGGUGACAAUCUCCAAUGAAGAAAAAGAUUUGAAAAAUGCAAGAGGUUGUUUUACUGAGUCACCUCAUAGAAAAUCUGGUGAUUCACAUCCAGAAAAUGCAGCUUUUAGUCCCAGUCCUAACAGGCCUCCAAGAAUCCCCAAUCCCGAAACGCUAACCCGGCGAAAAACGUUAGCAAGAUCGGUUUACUCCAAGCCGAAAUCGCGGUUUGGCGAACCGCCUUUGAUCGAUCACAACAUGUUCGACGACAUGCCGGACCCAGUUGGCCAGGCGGCUAACUCGCCUAUAGGUAUCGCGUCAAGCCGGGCCUCACCUAGAGUGCCAAGCAACACUACCGGUUCUCCGAACGGUACGCCGUUGAAGGAGAUGGCGAGAACGUUUUCCAUAACUCCGAAAACUCCGUUUAUGGCGUCGCCUGGAGGUGCAGCGGGGGUUGAUGAGGAUGAAGAGAUAUACAAGAAGGUGGAUAUAAGAAAUAAGUUGAAGUAUAAGAGGGUAAAGAUUAAAGUUCUGUUGGAAUGGAUAGUGUUUUUGUUUCUUUUAAGUUGUGUAGUUGCUAGCUUCACGGUUAAAGACUUGAAUCAUUACAAAAUCUGGAGCUUGGAGUUAUGGAAAUGGCUUGUGCUCGUUACGGUCAUUAUUUGUGGUAUGUUGGUUACAAAAAAGCUUAUGCAUUUUAUCGUGUUCUUGAUCGAAUUGAACUUCUUGUUGAGAAAAAAGGUGUUGUAUUUUGUUCACGGGUUAAAGAAGAGCGUUCAAGUAUGCAUUUGGUUGAUUGUCGUUCUCGUUACUUGGACAUCGUUGUUUAAUAGCCAAGAUGUCGAAAGAUCAAAAACCGCCACACGGGUUUUGUACUAUAUCACUUGGACUAUUGUUUCGUUAUUGGUUGGUUCACUUUUGUGGCUAUUAAAGACUUUAUUGCUUAAAAUCUUGGCGACGUCAUUCCACGUCAGCAAUUUCUUUGAUAGAAUUCAAGAAUCAAUCUUUCUUCAGUAUGCCCUUUUAACCCUGUCGGGCCCGCCGGUUAUGGAAUCGUUACAAACGGUUGGUGCGAGUGCAAGCACACGCCAUAUGAGUUUACAGGUGAAGAGAAAUGGGAAAGAGGCGAAGACGAAAGAAGUGAUUGAUGUCGGUAAACUUCAUCAAAUGAAAAGAGAAAAGGUGUCUGCUUGGACUAUGAAAAAUUUGGUUGACGUGAUAUCGAAUUCUCGGCUCUCUACAUUUUCUGGCGAACUUGAAGAAAGUGCGUAUGAUGGACCAAACGAAUCGACAGAUCGGCAAAUUUCUAAUGAGAUGGAAGCGAUUGCGGCUGCUUAUCAUAUUUUUAGAAAUGUUGCUCAGCCUGGUUUCACGUACAUUGAAGAUAUGGAUUUAAGGAGAUUUAUGAUCAAGGAAGAGGUAGAUGUUGUGUUUCCAUUGAUCGAUGUGGCUGAUACAGGACAAAUUGAUCGGAAAACUUUAACAGAAUGGGUGGUAAAGGUUUACAAGGACCGGAAAGCGUUAGCGCAUGCAUUAAGUGACACGAGGACAGCGGUAAAACAAUUGGACAAACUUGUUACGGCUGUCUUGAUUGUUUUAGUCUUCGUUGUGUGGCUUCUUUUAACCGAAAUCGCAACAACCAAAGUACUUGUGUUACUCUCAUCCCAGCUUGUUGUAGCUGCUUUUAUAUUCGGAAACACUUGCAAGACUAUUUUCGAAGCCAUUGUGUUCGUUUUCAUAAUGCAUCCAUUCGACGUUGGUGAUCGUUGUGUCGUUGAUGGGGUUCAGUUGAUAGUUGAAGAGAUGAAUAUCUUAACGACGGUUUUCUUGAGAUAUGACAACGAGAAGAUAUACUAUCCGAAUUCGGUUUUGUCUACAAAGCCGAUUAGCAAUUUCUAUAGAAGUCCAGAUAUGUCAGAUGGUGUCGAAUUCUCUAUCGACUUUACAACACCUGUUGAGAAGAUUGGGCUAUUAAAAGACAAGAUGAAAAAGUAUUUGGAGAAGAAUCCGCAAUUCUGGCACCCGAAUCACAGUUUUGUCGUGAAGGAGAUCGAAAAUGUGAACAAGAUAAAAAUGGCGAUGUUUUUCAAUCAUACGAUGAAUUUUCAAGAGUUUGGUGAAAAAAACAGGAGGAGAAGUGAAUUGGUUUUAGAGCUGAAGAAGUUAUUUGAAGAGCUGAAGAUCAAAUGCAAUCUUCUUCCCCAAGACAUUCAUCUGCAUAAACCGGAAACAACAAGCGGGCCCACCAAAUAAUUACACAACCUUGUGUUUAAAGCUUUGGAUUCUACAUUUUGAAGUCAUUAUUUUUUGCAUUCAGAAUCUCCUGCACACAACAUGAGGCAGGCAUAUAUAUAUGUAUGUUAAGGGAGGUAUGUAAUGUUUUAAAAUUUUCAUUUUGUUUAUGGAGACAACUUAGAACAGAGAAGCUUGCAUCUAUGCUAUCGACGACUGGUUGUCACUUUUAUAGCCAUAUAUAUAGAAUCACAUCACAUGGUUUAAUUUUAUGCCAAGAUGGUUAUUACUUUU